AUGGCUUUAGCGCCAGUCAUUAUGGCGCAUGGUGAUGAGAUGGAUAUGGAUAUGGAUAUGGAGGGUAUGAUGACUGAAAGUAAACCAAUUGACUCAAUUGAGACCUAUCACAAUAAUAACGAGGAUGAGAAACUAAUCCCAAUUGCUCACGUUGAAAAGCAUCAACAUGGAGUUCCAAUUCUUGAAACAAGCCUCCUACCCGAGGAAAGGCUAUACUGGGAAGCUUAUGAUGCCACAACGUUUUUCAAUUACCCUAAUACCAAUCAGAAGGCUCUUCGAACGCAUGUCACAGCAAUGAUUUUGGCUGUGAUGUUUGUUUAUCCUUUAUUCCUAGUAUUCCGGAAUGCCAAGCGUACUAAAAUGGCACUUGUGUCCUUAUUAGUGUACAGUGCAGCCACCACCACUGCUGUCAUCAGUUUGUCGGUGUUCACAUCUUCAGCAGAUGAGAAUUUGUACCCUGGGAAUGCGUAUGUGCCAAUGACCGGAAUUUGGGCUAUUUUAGCAGUAGCCCAUUUUGUAUUCACUGUUUUAGCGCUCAAUUACCAAUAUGGCCCAACACAGAAGUAUGCUAUGCCUGUAAGAGAGUUUGAUCAGGAAAUUUCAGGUGGAGAAAUGGCACUGCCUUCAAUUACAUUGUACGAUUUGAGUAAUAGGGGUUCUUCUGAUGGCCAAGAAAAUGAUCUGAAUAUGAAAACGAGCAAUAACUCAAUGUUUGAUAAUCAUCAUGCUAGUCCGCAAUCAUUCGGACUUGGAUUGAGUAACGCUGAAGAUGAAGACAACGAUGAAGCUCAACAUCAUUUAUUGUAUUUGAAUAGAAGCGAAAAUAACUCCAAUUGGUUCAUCCUGGAUAAUAAGUGGGUGAAUUCCAUAGUUGAUAAAUUAGGUCAUUGGUGUGUACGUAUCGCUAGUAUUCUCACCUGGAUUCAAUUUACCUAUUUCCUCAUAUAUGUUCCAACUGGAGUGGCGGUGAUGGCUAGAUAUGGGUUUGGUACUACGGUUUUCAAUUUACUUGCUCAUUUUAUUAAAGGUGGAGUAUUCUUUCUCUAUGGUAUGGUAACUUUGGCCCGGUAUUGUGGUGCGUGGCUGAAUAAAGGAUGGAAUUGGAAACAUCGCUAUUUAAGUACACAUUCCAAUAAUAAAUCCACAUGGUGGAACCGGAUUCAGCCUGAGGGUAUGUUUACUAUGGAAUGGAUUGAGCUGUUUUUAAUAUUCUUCUAUGGAUGCACCAAUAUUUUCUUGGAGAAUCUAGCAUCUGCUGCUAGUGGAAGUGGAUACUCAGCAAAGGAUCUCCAACAUGCUUCCAUUGCUUUUAUUUACAUUGGUUGUGGUGCUUGUGGAUUAAUUAUAGAGUCUAAACUUAGCAAAUGGCGUUAUGAUCAUGCCAUUGAGGCCUUGAACUCAUCACGGUCUCUGAAUAUUAUUAAAGCUUCACCAGGAUUUAGUCCUAACCCAUUCCCUCUUAUGACAGUUUAUUUUACUGGAGCUAUUAUGUCAAAACAUAUGCAAUCAUCGCAAUUACUGACAGCAGUCCAUAUUCAAUGGGGACAACUUCUUACUGUUGCUUGUGCAUUCCGUUUAUUGCUGUACAUUCUCAAGUUUAUUAUAAAGUCAGAACCUCAAAGUAAGAGUAGUUCAGGAGCUCCAUUUACUGAAUUAAUGGCGCUGUUUUGUCUUCUUGGAGGCGGAUUGAUUUUCAUGGAAUCUACCGAACCAGCUAUUGAAUCAAUGGAAUUUCAUGGCUUAACAGAAAUGUUCACUUUCAAUGUUAGUGUUGGAUUAGUGGCCUUGUUUAUGGCUUGGGAAAUGUUCUUACUCAACUUGCGAGAUAAAUUGAAGAACUGA